AUGGAGACUUCCGACAAAUCCGGGAAAACAGAUCCCUAUGCGGAUUUGGAAGCCAUGCAGCAGAAGAAGAAAAGCGACGAGAACUUGAUCUCCUUCGGCGCACUGGAUGAGUUUGAUCCUGUGGCGCACCAGUGGGCGCAGGCUAACAAGGCUGCAUCGUCCUCGUCAGCGCCACAGGCCGGAGACUUCGAUCCCAACGCGGCAUCAGCCCAGAAGGCGGCCAAGGGCAACGACGGUGACCUCCUGGGCCUCGGCGGAGCGCCCUCCGCGCCUGUCGACACCGAGGACUCCGACAAGAAGAUGAUCUAUGUUUACCACAAGGGCGAGAAGAAUUGCGUGGGCUGGUACUCGGACAUGCAGCCUAUAGACAUCAAGGAGGCUAUCCUUUGUGCUUGCGACGCAAUCAUGGACGGAGGCUUCGUGCUUCGGGAGGUGCAGAUCGAAGACGAAGAAGAGAAGACUGAGCCAAAAGAGGACGGCCGUGUCUUCGAGUUCGAAGAGUUUGACCAGCUUCGAAAUGGACAAACCUACAUCAUCGAGGCGGCAGGCGAACGUGAGGAUCUGAAGAAGAUCACAGGUGACCGCUUCCGCCGCCUCAAGGUGCAGAUCGAUCCGAUGCUACACGUGGAGGCUGUGAAGGCCAUCGAUCGCAUGCGCCGUGGAGCGAACCUUCUGAAGCACACACACUACGGUUUCCCGCACCUGCGCCAGUUCCAGUUGAGCGACGACAAACGCCGCCUCAUUUGGUACUCCGGGGCCAAGAGGAAGGAGGACUCUAUGGUGAACCUAGAGGAGGUGGUCGAGAUCAAGCUGGGGCAGCAAACGCCGGUGUUCCUGCAUUACCGCCUUCCCAUGCUCGAGCACUUGUCCUUCUCAAUUGUCUAUGGCCCCAAGGGCUCCAAGACGCUGGACCUGACCUGCAAAGAUGAAUUCGAGUUUGACCACUGGGUCACGGGCCUGAAAGCUAUCUUUUACGCCUGCAAGAACAAGCAGAUCUCCAAGGAGGCUCUCUUGGCCCACUCCAAGCGCUUUCAAAAGGCCCUUGAGAAGAACAACGUGGGGAUCAAGCUGACCAAGCUGCCUGAGGUGAAGGAGAAGGGCCACGUGGGGCUCGAUGACUGCAUCGAGAUCGUGACCCACACUCCGCAGCAGCUGGAUACCAAGAUGGAACGAUUGAGGGAGCGGCUGAAGACAAUGAGCCAGCAGGUUUCCCGGCUGGAUCAUCACUCCGCAGCGGAGAUGGAGGUGGACCUAUCGCUUCUUACAGGGCAGGGUCCGGCAUACGCCAGCGUCUUCGUCCAGGACGAGGAUGCUCAGGACGAAGAGAUGGAAAUCAGACGGAUGCACGAGCUGGUAGAACAGACGACGCAGGUGCUCCAGCAGGCGCGCAACGAGCUCAUCGCGCUGAACCAGCGUCAGAGAUCCGAGAGCUCGGGUACCAACACAGAGGCAAAAGCCAAGAAGAAGGAGACGGCCGCUUGCAAGCACAUCGACCAGCUCCUUUGGAAAGCAGAAGUGGACUUGGAAAAUGUCGAGGACAUGUACCUCAGGCACAUCGACAAUCAGAAGGACACGUACUCGCUGGCCGACUUCAAUCAGACGGUCUCCCGCACGUUCUCUGACCUCGAGGAGAGCUUGAAUACUCAGCUCGACUCGAUCAAGUCUUACUUCUUCAGGUGA